UUUCAAAGCAGAACAUUCUAGCAGGAGUCUCCCUCCCAUCAAGAUAUUAGGAUCGACGAGGAGAAAUUGGGAUAAAUUCAAAUAUCGCGGGGCGGAGCUGUGAAAUCGGCGCGGUGAACCCCGUGGCGCGUUGUUGUGAUCUAAUAUGGCGGAGUGUAAUGUUGUGGCUGCUGAGUGUCUACGUGAAUUAUAGAACGUGAAUAGAGAUCAUCGGCGGGGUAGGGUGAUCGGGAUGAUGUAUUGUGCGGACGUUGCGUCGUUGGAUUGACUCUCGUAACGGUACGCGGAUAGCGUCGAGGAGCCGCGGAUUGUCCCGACCGCUUAAACACGACCGCGCGUUGUUUUCCGUCAACGAAAGAAUUACACAUAUUAUUUCGGUGUGGUGUAUACACACGCACACAAGUUCACACAUCUUCCGAUUCGUCUAAAGACGUGCCGCUGUUAAGAUUCUACACAAAUUUUCUACCGUUCGUUUCGCUGCAGCCGUUUUCGUCGCUGCCGUCGCUACAAACACCGUUGAAGAGAGUAGCAACAGCAACAGCAGCAGCAGCAGCUUAGUGUUGUCGGUGGAUCGCCUUUACGUUUAGGGGGUUGAGGGGGAAACUUGGCCGACGAUUGUAGUGUAUCAAGCCUGCAUAGUUUUUUGGUAGAACCCGUCAAUUUUCUAUCGCCAAUCAAUUAUCGUUUAUUGUUAUUGUUUUUUCCGUCCGUUCUCUAUCGUCGAGUUUCCGUUAUCCGCAGGCAACGGACGUACGACGACCAAAUGAUCAUAUAACUGUGGACGACGACAGGCAAUAACGCACGCACGCAUGUGUACGACGUGUCGUGUCGUAGUAUGCGUACGACAUGUUAUAAAAAAAAGAAAAAACAAAAGAACGUGCGAAAAGUGCCGCUGAGAGAGUAGCAGGAGGAGAGAAAGGGAUAGUAGUAAGAAACUGUGGAAGAGAACGACGAUAUCGAGGGAAGAAACACAGUCGGUGAUUAUUUUGGUGAAAAAUAAAGAGAGAUAAAGAUAUAAGAGAAGAACUGUCUGAGAAGAAAGUCAUAUAUUUUAUCACGCUUAAUCAAACGGGUGGUGAUUGACGAUCGUGGAGAACCAACCGAGUCGUAUUAAGUGCAAACGCUUAUGAAUAUUGAGUGGAGUAAUAAGUGAAUGAGUGAGUGUAAGAUCGUACGGGAAACACGACGACAAUCCUCGAAUUCCCGCGCUACCGAUAUUGUACACAGGCAGCAGCAACCCUGCGUGAUUGCUAAAUCUCUGAGGAGAAAGAAAAAGGAGCAGGCAUCGAAUAGAUAUAAUAUAAAGUUAUAGUAAUAAUAAUGAUAAUGAAAAUCGGUGCAAGGAAGGUUGAAAAAAAAAGGGGGUAGACAAACAAUACUAUUAACGAUAUAUAUAUACACACACACACACAAACACAUACACGUGCAUAUGUAACACGGCUUACGCACACUCGCAUAUUCUACGUUGUUUGUAGACAGUUACAGUCUGGGGAGAGAGAAAAGUAAAGAAAAAAGCAAAAUGCGGCGCAAACUUACAUACUACUGAAAAUAUCUGGGCGUUGAAUUAUCGGUGACUCUGAAAACUGAGCGCGAAGAUUUGAAGGAAUAGACAUACAUACCCAAAGCCAAAUAACAAUAAUGCGGAUUUUAUUGCCUAGGUCGAUCGUCAAAGGUUGUUCGACUUACACGGACACUUGAUCAGGCGCUGGGAGGAUCUUUCAAGACCUCGAAUCAGGGGAGAAAAAGAAAGUGAAGACAGAAAAGAGACAACAGAGAAAGUAAAACAAACGCCAAUCAUAACCUAUGAUGCGAAUCUUUUUGUGGUGACGUCAUAAAUAUAGUUAUAGAGGUAGUAAUAAUAAUUUGGGUUUCUUGAGAAAGAAAAGAGAAGUAAGAAAGUAUACAUAUUCGAGUAGAUAGACACUAUAGAUGCUGUUUUGGUAGUUAUAAUAUAUAUUUGAAUCGAAGAGAAUACCACAAUGACGGACACGCGAAGAAGAGUCAAGCUAUACGCUCUGAACGCCGAUCGGCAGUGGGAUGAUCGCGGUACCGGACAUGUCUCGUCAUCGUACGUCGACAGAUUGAAGGGAAUCUCACUUUUGGUCAGAGCCGAGAGCGACGGAUCACUUUUACUAGAAAGCAAGAUUCAACCUGAUACCGCGUAUCAAAAACAACAGGACACACUGAUUGUAUGGUCGGAAGGAGACAACUUUGAUCUGGCGCUGAGCUUUCAGGAGAAGGCAGGGUGUGACGAGAUAUGGGAAAAGAUAUGUCAGGUACAGGGCAAGGAUCCGUCUGUGGAAAUAACGCAGGACAUAGUAGAGGAGUCCGAGGAUGAGAGGUUUGACGACAUGUCGGACUCGGCACCGCCGAUCGAGUUGCCUCCGUGUGAAUUAGGUCGGCUGGAGGACAUAAACGAGCUGGUGGGUAACUGUUUAUCGUCGCCGAUAAGGAAGGAGAAGCUGGCGAUGGCGUUGGAGUCUGAGAGUUAUAUAAAGAAGCUGUUGAACUUGUUCCAUACGUGUGAGGACCUUGAGAACAUCGAGGGUCUCCACCACCUCUAUGACAUAUUCAAAAACAUAUUCCUUCUAAACAAGAACGCCCUCUUUGAGGUGAUGUUUGGAGACGAUACGAUAUUCGACGUCGUUGGCUGCCUUGAGUACGAGCCCACGCUUCCGCAGCCAAAGCGUCACAGAGAGUACCUCAGACAGCUGGCACGGUUCAAGCAGGCGAUCCCAAUCACGAAUGCCGAGCUACUCGCCAAGAUACACCAAACCUAUCGUGUCCAGUACAUUCAGGACGUGGUUCUGCCUACACCCAGCGUCUUCGAGGACAACAUGCUCAGCACACUGAGCAGUUUCAUAUUUUUCAAUAAGGUGGAAAUCGUCACGCUAAUACAGGACGACGAGAAGUUCCUCACAGAGCUAUUCAGCCAGCUUACGGACGAGUCAACAUCGGAUGCUAAGCGGCGAGACCUUGUCCUGUUCCUCAAGGAGUUCUGCAACUUCUCCCAGAAUCUCCAGCCGCAGGGAAAGGAGGUAUUCUACAAGACCCUCACUGCCCUUGGCAUUUUUCCUGCCCUUGAAAUCACUCUCGGCAUAAACGACGCACCGACCAAAACGGCCAGCAUUGACAUUCUUACGUACAUUGUUGAGUACUCACCUAGCGUUGUGCGGGACUACACGCUGCAGCAAAUCAACAACACAGAGCAGGAGCAGAUGCUGAUCAACGUCGUCGUCGCCCAACUCGUUGGGGAUAGUGAUCCAGAACUUGGCGGAGCCGUCCAACUCGCCGGCGUUCUUCGCCUGCUUUUGGAUCCUGAAAAUAUGCUCGCAUCUGUUAACAAGUCGGAGAAAACCGACUUUCUCAAUUACUUUUACAAAAACAGCAUUUGCACUUUGAUUGCCCCGCUCCUGGCAAACACCAUUGGUGAGAGGCCUGCGCGCGAGGAUUACAGGACUGUCCAGCUGCUCGGUCUCAUUUUAGAACUCUUGUCGUUCUGCGUUGAGCAUCAUACCUAUCACAUUAAAAAUUGUAUUCUCAAUAAGGACUUGCUGAGGAGAAUACUCGUUCUCAUGAAGUCGACGCACACGUUCCUUGUCCUCUGCGCCUUAAGGUUUAUGAGAAAAAUCAUUGCUCUGAAGGACGAGUUUUACAACAGAUACAUAAUCAAGGGAAACCUGUUCGCCCCCGUAUUUGACGCUUUUGUCAGAAAUAAUGGCAGGUACAAUCUGCUCGAUUCAGCGAUUCUAGAAAUGUUCGAAUUUAUCAAACUGACCGCGUUCCAGGAGGAUAUAAAGUCGCUGUGUUCUCACGUCGUCGAGAACUUUUCCAAGGAAUUGGAGGCCAUUGAUUAUGUUCAGACUUUCAAAGCGCUCAAACUGAGGUAUGAACAGCACCAGGACAAACUGAAAGAUCGCGACAGAGGCGCCUUGGACAGCGUCCCCUCGAUAUUAAGGAACAGCCGAUACCGUCGCGAUCAGCGGCAGCUCGACGAGGAAGAGGAAAUGUGGUUCAACGAGGAGGAGGACUUCGAUGAGGGAGAAGCGGUCGUUCCCGCGGCUGCAACGGACAUUGUGCCGCCGGCUGCUGCCAAAAAACAACCCCCAACGCCUAAUCCGGCACCAGAUCCUAAUCCUGUGGAUCCGAAGACUCCACAGCUGCAACAGCAACAGCAACAAACUGUACUCAAUAAUAAUGCAACGACGCACCAACAGCAGCAACAACAACCGCCACAACAACAACAACCGCAAUUGAACAGCAUCCAACCUUCCAAUGAUUCUCCGUUACCCGCCGAGAGUGCUACGAGUCCAAGCGUUGUGAUAGAAAAGACUGGAGCUGCUAUAUUUAGGAAGGGUCUUGUCGACUAUGAGGGUGAUUCGGACGAGGAGGAGGAGGAUUCCGAGUUGAGUCCGACGCCGAAGCGGCAGCGGCUCUCAUAGUCCAUUGUAGAAUAAAUGGAUGGCGUCGUGUUAUCGCCGUGUGACGUGAUGAACGAAUAUGAUAUACAUAUAUCCAUGUUCCCGAGCCUAGCUCGUAGAGGAUAUAUCUGUGCGUGUGUGCGUGCGUGUCUGUAUCGAGGGCCGCGAAAGGACGGGAGGGAGGACCAACUCGAGUAUAUCUAUCCGCGCGUCGAAACUGGCUAUAAAGGAAACGGAAAAUUUAAAAGAAAAAACAAAAUUAUACACGAAACGACGAUAAAAGGAAAAAGAAGAAAAUAAAUAAAAAUUGUACUAGCGCGGAAAUUGAUGUGAAAGAUCGGUUUUUCAAAUGCGAAGAAGCAACCGCAAGCGAACAAGUAAGGUGAAACAAAACAAAGUAUGCAACGAAGAGGAGAAUGAAGAGGAGCUGGAGAAGAAAGGGCAAUGUGGUCAAACUACACCGAGCACGAGAUACACGCAUACAUACAUACGAUAUACUAUACAUAAAUAUACAAACAUACUUAUAUGUAUAUAUGCAAGAUAUACAUACAUAAAUACAAGUGGUUAAGAGGAAAAAGGAUGGAAAAGUAUAGAGACAGGGUGAGAGCGAAAGAGAGAGUGAAAAGAGCAAGGCGAAGGGAAUAUUUGAACUUUUAUAUAUAUAUGCGACAGUGACUAGGGAGCAAUACUCUUCCAUUCUAGAAUCUUUGCGCCGGCAAUGAUUUUCAGAGGUUGAGAAAUGUAAUUUGUUUUGAUACAGUUUUCAGUCAGUCGGAAAAGAGAAAUUCAUUCAUUCUAUGGGCUCUGGGUGAACCAGAUUUUUUCAGCUGUCGAAUACACUGAAAUUUUAUCAAAUCUUAGCAAAGGCACCCUCGGACUACUUGACAGGAUGAGAGGAAGCGCGCGAGGCAACUCGGUGUUGUAACUAUAACAUUAAAACUAAACGCAGCUUGUCGACUAUAACGGUUCUAUUUGUCAUUCGACGUACCGCGAUUGGUACCGGUCCACUGAAGCAAAUCAAAGAGAUUGAAGAACAAGAAGGAUAAGGCAAAGUAAAGAAAAACUAAUGUACAUGACGUACAGAAGACGAAGAAUUAACACUGUGCUUUCCUCUCGGUGUCGUGCUGCGCCUGGAAGAGAAAGAAAGAGAGAAAGAGAAAAUCAACGGAUUAAGGGAAAAAUUUAACAAUCGACGCAUCUAUUUGAAUCAUACUUUUUAUUGAUAUUUUCUUUUGGUUUUCUCUCUCUUCCUAUCCUCGUAAUUAUUUUCUUGUUUAGAUCAGCUCCGUCAUACUGUACAUUUGUCAGCGAUUAAAUAAGUUUCAUCUAUCUUUUUUUGUUUCUCCUAUCAUCAUUUGCAAUGCUCCAAACUUAUUUCAUUUUCAUUUCCUAUCCAGAUGACGAGAUAGUGAGGGAUUAUUUUUGAAUAAUUUAUCGAUGUUUAAAAUGAUCAAUCGCCAUUUUCAUAUCUUUUCAUUCGAAUUUUCCAUCACUUUGAAUAAUUGGUAUUCUUCACUCGCAGGCUGUAAUAAUAAUAAUUGUGUAUAGGGUAUAAUAAUUUUUUCAAAGUGGUAUACGUAAUCUGAUUUAUUGUUAUUAUUAUUACUAUUAUUGUUAUUAUUAUUAUUGCUAUUAUUAUCAUUAAAAAUAUUAUUAUUACUUUUACUGAUACUGUUAAUGCUAUUGUCACUACAGUACUACUAUUACAAACUACUACACAACUACCACCAACUACUAUUACUUCUAUUAUUGAUUGACUAGGUGAGAAGAACAGGUCGCAGGGAGCUAAUCUGUACAUAGAAUUUGAUAAACAACAUACGAAAAGGAAGUAAUGAAUAAAUUCAUACCGCCCGGACUGACGUCAGACGAGAGUGUAGCAGAGUAUAUAAUAUUAAUAAAAUUAGAUAAGGAGAGAAGGAAGGUAAGAAAAAAAAACUACGAACAACGGAGGGGAAAGAUGGAAUUGGAAAAUUGAGUAAACGGAACUAAACAGUGGAUUAAACUAUGUUUAACGGACGCUUAACGUCGUUUGUACCAGUCCGUGUGUUUUACUAUGAUUUUUAUUACGUAACGCACGAUUCAAUUUAUCGUUCGAUACUAGAGGGAGGGAAAUUUUUAAACAUUUUAUGAUCGGCAACGAGAGGGUGGGGGGGGGGGGGGGAAGAUUUUAACAAAUGAAUAAAAUGAGACUAAAUAAAGAUAUCGUAAAGAAUGAAGCCAACAUACGCGAUGAAGAAUAGUGUAAGUAGUAAAGAACGACUAAAGUAAACAAACAACAAUAAGAACAAAACAGAUGUUGUCGUAAAUUUAAAUAACGACUAAGUAAUUAAUUAAUUGAUUAUUAUAACUAAAUAAGUAAAGUAAACUAAGUAUAUACAAAUAUAAGCGAUUAGUUAAUAAAUACGAAUAAUUAAGUAAUUAAUAACUGAAUAAAAGUACGGUCGAGUGCUACUUUUUCUUUCUAAAUGUAUAUUUGACACAGAUUCAUGCGAAAGUAACAAUGAUUUUACGGCAAAAUUUUUCUUGAAUGUUUUUUUUUUUCCUUUUUUUUUCUUUACUAUCCGUAUGUUGUUUUCCUUCCAUCAGACAUUGUCGUUUCUAAAUUCUGUAUGCUGUACAACAAAUGAAAUAUCUGUAGGUGUAUAUCGUGUGAUUUUAAACGUAACGACAGUGAAAAGAAAAACAAACAAAAAAAAAAAAAGAAGUGAAAGUGAGAGAGAAAGAAUUAUACAUACAAUGCACCGUCCGUUUGUCGUUAUUAACGGGAUUUUUUUUUUCUAAUGCUUCUUUUCUCUUUCUCUAUUGAAUGAUUGAAGAGAAAAACACAUGUGCACCCAUACGCCCAGAGGAGAGAAAUAGAAUCUCCUUUCAAUGUCAAAUUUAUCACAAUGAUUGCUACGAUGAUGAUAAUAAUAAUAAUAACAAUAGUAGAAAUAGUAAUGCUCGUUCUACUUUGUAUAACAGUUACUCGCAUAUGUAUACUUUAUAUAAUUACUAAUGCGAUUGAUCUCUAAUUAUACAUAUUCUCCAGUAUUGUAUACCUAUGCGUAGUAAUGCAUUAAUUGAAAACUUUACGACGUACAAUGAUAUUAUUAUUGUUAUCGUCGUUGUUGUUGUUAUUAUUAUGCGUCAUGUGUGAAGUUGGAUAAUAUUGUGACAACGUAUCUUGAUAAUGAUUUGGGUAGAGGAUAGCGUGCCAGAAAUCCUUGAGACAAAAAUUAGCACGAAUUCGAAGGUGGGCAAAAGAAACGUAUAUAAUAUUCGACCAUGGAGAGAAUAAAAUAUAAUUAUGAUGUUCGAAGAGAAGAAGAAUGGCAAUUGGUGAAAAGAAGAGAGUAGAUCUUUUCGCUACUAAAACGAAAAAAAGGAACAAUGUUAAUCAAUCAAUCAUUGUUUUCGAAUUACGUUUUCAGCUCUAAUCGAUCAGCAUAUUAUAGUUUGGUACGAUAUGUUUAUUGUACGUACUAUCAUAUUGAAAUGAAAAUGAAUAUGAAUGAAAGAAAAAGUGACGAAAACAUGAGACAACAGAGAGAGAAAUUCUCCAAAAGUAUAAUAAUCACACCUACCUAUUAGUUAUGACGAAUGAACAAUGAGAAACGUUCGUACGACGUAUGUGUUUAUGUAUGUUUAAUGUAUAGUUGUUACCAAAAUCAAGAUAAUUUUGGCGACUAAAUGCCCCGGGCUGGAUGAACGAUAACAUACUAUUAUCAUUAUUACUACUAAACAAUAAAUUAUUAUACAUUAUUAUUACUGCUCCUACUACUACUACUAUUAUUAUUAUUAUCAUUAUUAUAAUAUCCGUUACGUCACUGAUCAAAAUUAAAAACAGCAAAUUAACACCAACCUAAACGUAGUAAAAAAAAAAACAAACCGAGAAUAGCAACGACGUACGAAUUGCCUGCUUCAUUAUAAUUAUAAUUUUACUCUCAAGCAAGAAGAAAACUUUUUUUAUUUAAUCAUUGCGCGACGACAAUGCGGAUUGAGAAAAAGAUUUAAAAUAUCUCCAAAAUUCGCUUUUAAACUAUAGCAAUGAAAUUUUUGUCGUGCGUUUACGCAUGUUCAUGUAUAUAAAUAUAGUUAGUUGAAUUUUAUCGAAGAAUCAAUUUUGUGGAAGAAAAACGAAUUGUGAAGAAAACGUGAUAAGAGAAAAAUCUUUAUUUUUCUUGCAAAAAUUUAAAGAUACAAAUAAUAAAAGAACAAAAUAGAACUUUACAUGCAUUGUAAUGUUUGAUAUCAAAUAGCAAAUUGUUAAGAUGUACAUUAAUUAUUUCACUCAAUCGAUAAUAUAUUUCCAUACACUGGUGAUUGAUUUGAUUUGGAAAUAAAUUCAAUGCCAUUGAUAUAGCCGAAAAUAUCGCUAACAGCAGUGUACAAAACAAAGUGACUUUUGAAUCGACACCACAGAGACAAUGAAUAGAAAAAAUUUCUCUAGUGAUUUUAGUACUGCGUUUUAAACAUUGAAGAAGAAAAGACGAUCAAAUCCAGCCCGAACUACGGCAUAGUACACUUACAUGAGCAGCAAAGAGCGUUAUCGAAGGGGAGAAAAUUUUUAUUUAACAUCUCUUUUUUUUUUUCUUCUCUUUUUGUUUAACGAAUGAUUGUAAAUGAAUACAAAUUACAUGAAUGUGUAGAAGCGCGGUGAUGAAAAAAAAGGAAGAAAAAUUUAAUAAUAAUAUUGGUUAAUGAUAAAAUAAGGAGGAAGAAAAAAAAUAUUUAAUUAAAUAAAUCUUAAAAUUAGAAAAGAACUUGGAUUAAUUUUCACGCUCAAUUCCCUUACCCGAUCGAGGUGCAUUUAUUUAACUAUAAUCACCCGUCAUUCUGGCAAUGAUACAUUUCAAUGAUAUGCCACCAUAGCUUUGUAUGUUAAAAUUGAGACGAGUACAGAAUUCGGUUGUGAAUCGAAUACAUCUGCAAAAAGGUCACAAAACUGUAUGCAUGUGUUAAAAAAAUUGCUUAUCAUAAUAUUUUGAUAAAAUCGCAUGUAGUAGCUUUUUGAAUAGCAAUUCAUCUGUAAGUGUUCUUCGUGCGUAUAAACAUCCAUUUGAUACUAUCUUUGUUCACAAGCCAUUGACAAUAUUAUUGAAAAAAAUCAGCUUAACUGGAAACCUAUUUAUUUUAUAUGUAAGAUUCAUAAUAUCGCUACUAAUAUCGUCUUAGUUGACAUUACGAUAAACAACGUCUAUUAUUAUCAUCAAUAUCAUUAAUGCUAUUCUAAAUAUUGGAUCAUCAUAGUUUAAUGUUUCUUUGUCUUCGAA